AUGGCUUCACCCCGUCCUUUCUUUCUGACUCCUUCAAGUUCAGAUGACCAUUCAUCACAGGAAGACUCUCCAGACUCACCAAGACCAAGAAUAAGCAAAAGGCGUCAAGACCCUCCCCCUUCCGCCUUCACCUUCCCCUUCGCUGACCCCGCAAGAAGGUCUCUCGACGGUAGCUUUUUCGAGACACCACGUCUGCCAUCAGCAGAAUCUCCCUACAAAUCAUUCAACCGUUCUUACUCUUUGGCGAACCUACAUCGCUCACCAGAUUUACAACUCCCAAGAGCAAGCAGCGCGACAACAAUUUUCAGAUCACCUUUCCUAUCCCCCGCUUCACGUCCAUCAACCAUAUGGUCCCCUCCACCCGUAUCAGCUAAUCCUUCUGUCGUCGCACUCCCCCUCACACAGAAGAAACCAAUUCAAUCAACCCGCCUCAAAGCAAAACUCACCAAAGACGAUAAACCAUGGCUCGCAAAGAAACGUCGUUGCGAAUCAGGAAGCUGGUGGCUCACCUUUUUUGCUGCCCUCCUGGGCGUCCUUAUAGCAGCUGCACUCUGCUUCAGAGGUUGGGAAUCCGUAGACCUCCUCUCAGACAGUCAACUCUGUCUCGUCAUGCAAGACGACUUUGACAGUUCUAUCGACCCCAAUAAUUGGAGUUAUGACAUCGAGCUCGGUGGUUUCGGCAACGGUGAAUUUGAAAUGACAACCGACGAUCCCUCCAACGUCUACAUCUCAAAUGGUCAACUCUACAUCAUGCCCACACUCACGAGCGACUCCAUCGACGGCGGCUGGGAUUCAGUCAUGUCUGGAGCCACCUAUCCGCUUCCAGACUGUACAGCUCAAGGCGGAGGCUCCGGUAAUUCCACAACUACCGGUUCAAGCAAUUCUACUACCAGCAGUAAUUCCACCUCCUCCUCCAGCAACCCAUGCACAGCUGUUUCAAAUAAUCAGAGCGGCACUGUCAUCAACCCUGUCAGGAGCGGUCGUCUUAAUACCCGUGGAAAACAAACUAUCAAGUAUGGCCGUGUCGAGGUCCGCGCAAAACUGCCUCAGGGAGACUGGUUGUGGCCCGCUAUUUGGAUGCUUCCUCAGGGUAACGAUACAAGCUCGAGCACAGGUCAGGGAACGGGAGUUUAUGGCGCGUGGCCCGUCAGCGGCGAGAUCGAUAUCAUGGAAGCCCGCGGCAACCUUCCUUCAUAUCCCGCUCAAGGUUCGAACUAUGUCCGCUCGUCCCUGAAUUAUGGGCCGUUUGCGGGUGGCUCUACGCCCAUCUCUACCGGUGAGCGUUUAUUCCUGAGCAUCUACGGCUGGGUAAGCACCAAACGCGGGAAUUUUGCCGACGGGUUCCACGUUUAUGCGUUUGAGUGGACCAGCGAGUGGAUGAGGUUUUAUACGGAUGAUCGGCUGCAGGCAAUGAUCAACCUAAAAAUAUCCUCCAAAUCCUCCGAUUCCUAUUUCUUCAAUACAGGUGGAUUCCCAGGUGUAGCUAUGAACGCGUCGAGUGGAAAGGAAGUGGUCGUCUCAGAUCCGUGGAGUACGGCAUAUGGGGGGAGUGCUGCUGCCCCUUUCGAUCAGGAAUUCUAUCUUGUGAUCGAUCUGGCGGUCGGCGGGACGAGUGGGUGGUUCCCAGAUAGUGUAGGUGGGAAGCCGUGGUAUGAUGGAUCUGCUACUGCGAUGCGCGAUUUCGCAAGUAAGUACGAGGAGUGGACCGCUACGUGGCCUCCGAAUCCGGAUGAGCGUGCGUUUAGGAUUGAUUAUGUGAAGAUGUGGAACCUCUGCAGGUGAUGGUGACUUGUUGGCGUAAUGGUACCAAGAUUGAUCCAGAUGGACUGAUAUUUUUAAUUACAACGGUACGUGCCAUGGAGAUGGACACGGACUACGUCUCCUCGUAGUCUUCGUAUCUUAGAUUCUGGCUUUGACCCGACUGCGUCGUCGUACGCUCGUUACGCUCAUUUGUUUUUUUCUUGUUGUUGUUGUCGUCGUUGUUGUUUUAGUCCUCGAAGCUUGUAUUGAAGCUUUCAUUGUUACAAUUGGCACUAGCAUCGACGUGGCGAUGAUAAUAUUAUGCAUACUUCUUAUUGCAA